AUGUCCGCAGAGACUUCGCCAUUUGAGUCGUUACCGAAUGAGCUAAUUGAUCAAAUACUGUCCAACCUUGCUACUGAUCCUCCUUCGUUCUCCCGUUUCGACCAGCCCCCGGGCGUUCGUAUAGUCAAAUCGGCCGCCCGCGACCUCAAGAAUCUAUCGCGAACCUCCUCUCACUUCCUAGAGGUCACACGGCCGCGGUUGUUUGCACAUGCCUGCUUUGAUAUCAGUGAGGGAGAAAGCUUUUUACAAUUCAUCCUGAAAUGGGAUCUGUGUCGAAACGUGACGUCCCUCCUGGCGCGGGGAAAUACCUGUUCAGAUCCUCAGGACGACCCCUCAUGGUGGCGUAGGAUUCUGCAGCACCUCGAUCCAAUGCGUAUCACUCUUCUGGCACCGCCGUCGUUUAUCGGAGCAACGCUAGGAACCGAGAUUAUGGAUGGACAUAACUGGGCUUUCCAGAUUUCGCUGCAAGUCCUGCAAUUGGAUAGGAGAGAACGGCAGGUAGCGCCACCUCCGGUCUCGCAUGUUGAGGCAUGCCCGGGUCUUUUAGCAGCUCGGGAGUGGUCAUCGCUGCAGUUUAACGAGUCCUCGUCUUUGAAGGCAUAUAACCAUUAUGAGUAUUUUCUCUUCCAGGUCCCUUCUGUGUUUAAUAGAUGGGGCUCGUUGUCCCGGACCCAUCCAGAGAGUGUCUCUUUAUCUCUCUCGCUCAACAAGUUGACAGCAUUCCAUUACACUGCGGUUUUUCCGUUUUAUAACCACGUCAAACUAGUGCUGGACACGGUGACAUUGAUGACGAGUCUGCGCUCGCUCAGCGUACGAUUGGCGCCUUGCUUGAACGACAAGGCCACAGAGUUGGAGCAGAGGGGAUCUAUGGACCCAAGCGAUCCGUGGAUGGAGCUUGCGACGGGCUAUACUUUAGUUGCGCAUGCAGUUCGGGACUUGGGCAACAGAGCCCGUCUUAUGGUCUGGGAGACACUGAAUGGGCCCAUGACGGACAUGGGAACUGGGUUAGAGGAGCGAAAUGUGAUCGGUCAUACCACGACGUCCAUGGUAUCAGAGCAGCCCGAUGCGCCAGAUCAAUCUGCCAUCUGGAAUCUAAGAAAGGACAUCGAAGAGGCAUUCGAAGGCCCAUCCAGCGUUUUCCGCUGUGGCAGGGUAAUCGGGUUUUCGAAACUGAAGAAGAGAGCUCGAGAAGACGAUGACCAUGAUUCUAUCGGCCAGCUAACCCCCCCAAAGCUCCCCCGAUACCUCCUCGCCAAGCAUCUACGCAACACACCCCCAUCACAAUCACCCUCCACCCAACCAAAAGCCUUCAUAAUCCAUCCACCAACGCUCGACCCAUUCUCUCCAAAACAACUCCUAGCUUCUCUCCUCGCUUCUCCUUCAACGCCGCCCCUCUCCCGCAUCGAAGCAAUAGCCCUGCUAGACCAUGUCCAGCUCCUCCCCGUCUUCGACUUCCGCGCCGCAGUGCAAGCCAUCAGCCAGGUCUCGGACGCCCUGCAAUCAGCUCUGGUGUCUGGCGGGGAGUCAGGGGAGCGCGCGCGCACGCGCACCCUACUCCUCCUCGCAGGCCUCGACACGCUCACCGAGGGCGUCAUCCGCGCCUCGAACCCGGUGAAGGGCGCGGCGGCGCUGACCGCCGCGCUGCGAACGCUGACGCAGCUUUCAAGGGUGCAUGGCUCGUAUCUUGCUGUGAUGCUGGUUAAUACGGGUGGGCUUGGAUCCGCGCCCGGCUUGGGCCCUGGCCCUGGCGCUGGGGCUGGCGCUGGGGCUGGCGCUGGGGCGGGAAGGCAGCAUGCGUCGCGAGGGGACUUUCGAGCGUCUAUGGAUGACGAGGGCGUCUACUCUAUGUUUCAUGCGGCGGAGACAUCGCUGCUUCCGAGUUUGUUGAUGAGGACGUUGGAUCAAGGUAUUGAUACGCAUCUUCUGCUUUCGACGGUGGGGUCGGAUCACGUUGUGGAGGUCAUCAAAGAUCGAGUAGGAGAGGGGGUGGGGAAAUGGUGCAUUUGGGACAAAAACCCGUGA